GGACGCCAUUGAUACAGACAUUUAUGUAUGCUAGUGGAGUUCAUGCAACCACAUUUUUCCCUCAUUUUGUUUAUACCAUAUGUGAAGAGUAGUCACUUGUUUGGUUCCAGGCAUACUACUAACAGAGGUAAGACGUUUCUCCAUCAGAAACGCCGUACCAGGUACCCGUUACCCGUUACGUUGAUGGCAGCCAGUGCCCAGGACGGUGUACCCCUGGGAGAAGGCGAGGGGCAGCAGACUGAAAGCUCUCGUUUGGAAAAGGAGAACCAUCGGGACACCCACGCAAGUUCGGCUAACCCGGUACCAGCAGCCGACAGUCCCGUUGACAGUGUUCAGCUUCGUGCAGGUUCGGAUAGCGGGCCAGGUGUGGAGAAUGGGGCAGUGGACUCUUCCCAAGACGACUCUACACAUCAUCAAAAGCUGGACGAUUCGACUUCUCCACAGGAAGAAGAUGCCCAGGAUAUGUCUGGUGACUUCUUUGAACUGCACCAAGACACUUCAGGUCAGCCUCAGAAAAAGACACCGCGAUCACGAAAGAACCCUACACCCAAAAAAGUAGCCACUCCCCCAAAAUCUGCAACCAUCCUCUGUGCUCCCGGCGAGGCGACCACUCAACAGAAGAAGAGACGAGGUAGAAAGCCCAAGUCAGUGACCUUGCCUCCUACUGAGAAUUCGCUGACCAGUUCCCCUGCCCUCACACCCCAAAAUCAGCAGGAGGUCCCAGAGGAGCAGGGGAUGACCCCACCACCACAGAAGAAAAAACGAGGCAGGAAGCCCAAGGUAAAGACUUUGCCUCCUACUGAGAAUUCACUGAUCAGCUCCCCUGUCCCCACACCCCAAAAUGAGCAGGAGGCCCCAGAGAAGCAGGGGAUGACCCCGACACCACAGAAAAAGAAACCAGGCAGGAAGCCUAAGGGAUGGGCCUUGCCUCCUAUUGAGUAUCCACUGACCAGCACCCCUGCCCGCACACCCCAAAAUCAGCAGGGUCCUCCGGAGGAGCAGGAGCUGACAGAUAGCGGCAGGCCAAAGAGGAGAGCCGCCAAAAUGGCAAUGGAGUAUCUCCACUCCCUGGUUGAAGACCUGGAUGGUCCGCCUCCGAGUUUAGAGAGAACGGCGAGCAGGCCCGCUCCAGGCCGAGGCUUGGUUCGGCCCAAAGAGGAGGCCCAGACGAAAGGGAAGCGGGGCAGGAAGAGGAAGACCCUGCUCAGGGACAACAGCGACGCCAGUGGCGAUGAGGACUUUGUGCCAGAAUCUGGGGGCGAGACCGAAGAGGAGGAGGAGGAGGAGGAGGAGGAGGAAGAGGAAGAGGAGGGUGCCAGUUACGAUGACUCCAUCGCCAGCUUUGGGAAGGCGCUGAAGAGGUUGCGUCAGGUGACGCCUCGGGCCAGGAGCCCGUAUCACUCGAAUAAACCCAAGUUUUUAGGCAUGGCCGCCAAUGGCUUGGUGAACAGCAUCAUGGGCCCUAUCUGGUGCUGUGCCACUGUCACCAAGCAGUUCCGCGAGGAGCACUGUGCCUCCUGGGUCUACCCCGAGUGGAUCCCGUCAGCCAAGGACUGGAGUUUCCUUUCCGAGAGUGAGGCGGAGAAGUACUUACCCAAGGAGCAGCAGUCUCCAGCAUUCAGAAUAUCACGAGAGGGACUCAAAGAAGACAGCAAGCCUUGCAGAAUUAACAGGUUCGAAUCCCAGCCCUUCCACCCCGAUCGCUGGGACAUGUUCUUCUUCGUUGGCGGUCCGGUCUGGUCCAUGGAGUGGUGCCCGUGUCCGGACGGAGGGGGCAGCGGCCAGUUCGCCUCCAUCUACUGCAACAAGGGCAUGGACGACCGGCACAAGCUGACCGGGACCCACUCCGAGCCCUCUCUCCUGCAGAUCUGGGACAUGGGCGAGCUGCAGUAUGACACCUGCCCCUCAUCUCCCCCACAGUUGGCGUAUGCCGUUGCCGUUGACGACGGCUGCAUAUGGGAUAUGAAAUGGUGUCCGAGCAGUGCGUGGGAGAUGCCUACCACCAACAGAAAGGUCCCCCAGAUGCCCAGGCUGGGCCUCCUGGCUACGGCCCUCUCCAGCGGGAAGGUUAUGCUGUACAGUCUCCCCCACCCGCAUGCCCUGACGGCCGUGAGGAAGAGCCUGGCUAAAGGAGGAAUCAGCCAGGGUCCUUUGAUAUGCAAGGUCCUCAGUGUGGCUGUGCUGAAGGUGGGCUCCAUCCAGGCGGGAGACGCAGCCCACACCGGCCAGUGCUUCUGCCUGGACUGGCUGCCCAUCAAACCCCACAACAUCCUGGCCGCCGGCUUCUUCGACGGCUCGGUGGCCCUGUGGAACCUGUACACCAAGUCUCAGCUGCAGCGCGUGCGUGCACCGAACGGGUCCAUCUUGCUGUACCCCUACCACACCUUCAUCGCCCACGACCACAUGGUCCAAACCAUAGCCUGGUGCAGAGCCUCCAGUGAUUUGUUGGCGUCCGCCGGCGACGACAGGAAGAUAAAGCUGUGGGACUUGAGGAAGACCUACGAGCCGGUCAGCAUUCACCGGCGCUUCCUGUCCACGGAGAUCUGCUGGCCGCUGGUCUGGUCGGGCAUCUUCGCCGGUCAGCAGUGCUGCUACGCCACGUAUGGCCAGCAUGGACUCCAUUACCUAGAUUCGGGAUUCUUGGGCUAUAAGCCGUACUUUAUAGCCCCGAGGAAAGGAACGAUAUGGAGCACGUCCUUCUCCGAUUGGCUGAACACUGGCGUGACGGGCGACAGCACGGGGGAGCUGAUCAUGAUCAUUCUGCCCGACCUGUCCAGCAAUCCCAACACGCUCAAGAGGACCGUGGACCGCCGAUUCCCCGUGUUCCGGGGCGAGAUGGUCCGGUUUCCUGGUUCAGAGAGAGAAGAAGGCAAUGGCCAGGAGCCACAGCUCUACAGUGAAGUUAUAAAGAAGUACUACCUCCAUUUCCACGACAUGGACAUGAGAACGUUUAAGAAUGCUACACAGAGGGCCCCGGUCAAAGUCAUGCAGGCCACUGAGACCAAGGGGGACCUGUCCUUGGACCAGAUGCCCCUGAACGCCGUGUACAAGGUGCGUCUGAACCCCAACCUGUGCAGCCAGAGCUGGGUGCUGUCGGCCGGGCAGUCGGGCCUGGUCCGAGCCCACUGCCUCCGAGCCAUGAACAGCGCCGUCAUCGACAAGAUGGUGCGGGAGAGCGAGGCGCAGUUCGCCGCCAUGUUUCCGUCUCAGGGAGCCUCGCCCAACCCCAGCGGCACCACCACCGUGCGCCACAGCGCCGAGUGCACCGUGCAGGUCCUGUGACAUCACGGCUGGGCCUCCCAGAACCAUAGAACAUCUACACUACCAUAGAAACAGUACUGGUAGUCAAGACAACCGGGACUGUUUUUUUAAAAUGUCAUAACGCUUCAGUUUUUAUACAGUAAAUUAUUAUAAGUAAAAAAAAAAAAAUAAACAUGAAAAAUUAUUUUGAUACAACCGUGAAAAAGAUUUUGUUUUUUAUUUUUGUAUGUAUUUUAGGGGUAGAAUAUUGUACAGAAAUUUAUUUUAGGGAUUAAGUAGAUUUCCCGUUGUCACGUUUGACCAACACCACUAUUGUCUGGUAAGUCUGUCCAAAACCCUUAUUUGUUCUUGAUUUUCCUGUGUUUUCUCUUCAAUUGUCACCUUUCUUUGACAAAUUGAGAUUUUAAAUUUUCUUUUCAACAAGCUCAUUUCUUGUACUGUGAACUAUUAAAAUGUGCUUUCAUUCCUACGUAGA